GAGAGAGAGUGACAGAAAAAGAGAGAGAGGAGGAGGAGAUAAAGCAAACCUGAGACUCUGCAUUAUAACAGCCAGUGUGGACAAAGCACAAGCAAACUUACCUCUCCUGUAUUCAAAGCACUGGAUGGACUGGACCAUGGAAUGCAUCAAAAACUGUUGCAGGACCUUCACGAAGAAGAAGGAGCUGGAAACUCAAGUGAUCACUAUGAAGAUGCCACCCCAGGACCCAGUGCAGCAGCAGCCUGUGGAGCGGAGGGGGUUAUCAGAGGACUAUCUCCUGUCCAAAAUGCCCCCGGACGGCCGUGUGGUGCCCUUUGUCCUGCCCUCUUUUAAGCCCUCCUAUGUCCAACCCAAGGGUCAGAUGUUCCCAAAUCUACAGCCUGGACCACAGAGUUCAGCGAGGUGCACUUAUGCAGAGAGAAAAGCAGUGUUACUAGGGUCCACCUUCAGCCCUGAGUCCAGUCUGCACCAGAUACAAACCGCUGAAUACAACUCGCCUGGUUCAUCUCGCCGCACUUCUGUCAAGAACAGACACCCAUCAAGCCCCAAAAGUGAACUCAGUGAGCAGAAGUUGAGCAGCUCCAUGUAUGACCUGUCGUCUCCUCAGGGUCGCAUCCAGGUGAUUGACUCUGCCUCCAGUGUCUUCAGCAGCGAAUCAUCCAUGAGGGACUCCAUAGAAAGCAGCCUAGAUUCCAUCACAUUAUCAGGCGACGAGAGAGAGCUGGGUAAAGUGUGUGUCCGUGUGAGUUAUCAGGAGGCUCUGGAGCAGGUGUGGAUCACUCUGGUGCAGUGCUCAGAUUUGUGCUUGACUCUGGACGGAGGAGAACAACAGAAGAUCGGAUUUAAAGGCAUCAUAACUGUCCCUAAACCAAUUCAAUUCAAGAGUUCUGUGAAGCCGUGUCAGCAGGACAUCCCUUUCAUGGAGACCUUUGUGUUUUCAUUGCGGUUGCAGCAGUUGCGGUGCAGUGCUCUGGUGCUCAGGCUCCAGUCUCACUCUUCUCGCAGGAGGACAGUGGGCGAGGGGGUCCUGUCUCUCCGUACACUUGGACCCACAGAGACCGAGCACUGGAUCGAACUCAGCACACCCUCAAAAUCCUCCAUAUAUCACUCAGAACUGCACCUCUCCACUUGUUUCCAGCCGGUCAACAGUAGAAUCCAACUCCAGAUCCUCACAGCACAAAACCUUCCCCCAUCAUCCUCACCGCUCACUCAGAUGUUUUUUGUGAAGACUGAGCUGCAUCAGUGUGGUCAUGUGGUGAUGAAGAGGAAGACCAAAGCAGUGAAGGCGUCCGGCGGCGUUUGUGAGUGGAAGGACACGAGUCACUUCCUUUUAGAGUCUCUGGAUCAGGCAUGUUCUCUCACCAUCAGACUGUACAGCCGCUCCUCUGUGCGCCGGAAACAGUGUUUGGGACAGAUCGUUUUAGGAUUCGACAGCCCUGUCCCAGAGGCAGUAGAACAAUGGAAGGACACGAUGGCUCAUCCUGAGAAAGUGGUGACUGCCUGGCAUCAACUGAGCCCCCCCUGAGACUCCACCUUCUAACUGCACAACAAAAAUAUUACAUAGACCUCAUUUAAAGCUCCUAUAUUACGCAAAAUUGACUCUUGUGAGCUUUUAGUCAUGUUGUAUUACGUAAUAUAGGCCCUUUAAGGACUUUAUAAAGUAACGCACAAUAGAUUUUUAUAGACAUUUGAAUUCCCCGAACCCUGCAUUUGAUAAAAGAAAUAAAAGUGCUUACAGUUGUUUAUAUAAUUUUAUAUUUGCUAAGAUUUGCUAACGUCAUCCGUGUAUACUUUAGAUUAGUGUUUAACCAUUAAACUAAGUGACCUGUUUUAUUGCUACUUACUGUAAAACUUGUUUUGUUUACAAGAUUAUGUUUCCUUUAUAUUAGAAACCAACUAUUAUUUUUUUUUAUACAUGGCUUGUAUUGUCAUUAGUUGCUGUUAACUUUGGUAGGCCUACAAAAUAUUACUGUAUUUGAUGUGCACUUUAUUUUAUUACUGUGUAUUCUAACUGUUAGUAUGAUUAAAUGUAAUAGAUGAAAAUAA